GCUCAAUUUCUACCCAUCACUGUGCCAUUCUUGUUAUAUUCGGAAUUAGUUGCGUGAAGAUGGGAUCUUUGAGCUAAUUUGCUUUACUGCGAUGGCAACUGUUGAUGGGGUAUCGGUUCAUGGAAGCAUUUAUCCAUUGGUUGCUCAUCGACCUCGUCAAUCUUCCAGUGUCAUUUACUUUAUCUGCGCCAUUUCUAAAAGGAACACAGAAUGUAUAGAGUUGGCAUUCAGUGGGAUUAAUCUUCCAAGCUCUGCGUUUGCUUGAGCACACUCGAGCUGCUUUGUUAUAGGUGCUUCGGAAUUCUGAGGAUUGCUAUUGCGGGGUGUCUAUUCUGGAGAAGGAAUGACCUGUCUAGAUUCCAUUGAAUAAGAAAUGGAGGACAAAUCUAACGACCAAGAAGAAAUCCAGACUCUGUCUAGUGAUUCUUUGAUUGAAUCAGAUGACGACGGAUCAUUAUCGUCUGAAAAAGCUGAAGAGAAUGAUGAUAAAUUGCAUCCCCAGGAACCUCUAACUGACCAAGAAAUAGAGGACCUGAUUGCCGAGUAUUUAGAUGUUGAGAGUAAGGCUGCAGAGGCCCAGGAAGCCCUUGAGAAGGAGUCUCUUGCAAAACUGGAGAGUGAAGUCAGGGAAGAGUUGGCGCAGUCUUUAACAGGGGAUGAGUUGGAGAAAGCAGUUGCUGAUGAAAUGGAUACCUAUAAGGAAGAGUGGGAAGCUGCACUCGAUGAGCUUGAGACGGAAAGUGCUCACUUAUUGGAACAACUUGAUGGUGCCGGUAUAGAGUUACCAAGUCUUUUUAAAUGGAUAGAGAGCCAGGCUCCAAAUAAUUGCUCGACUGAAGCAUGGAAAAAGAGGACCCAUUGGGUUGGAUCUCAAGUUACUGGUGAAGUCACAGAGUCGGUGGCCGAGGCUGAGAAGCACCUUCAAAUCAUCAGGCCUUUAAGACGGAAACAUGGUCGAGUGUUGGAGGAGGGUGCAAGUGGUUUUCUUCAGAAAAAAAUUGCUAGUGAAGAAAGCAAAGAGGAUAUAGCUGAUAACCCGACUGUAGAUUGGUCUUUGUUGAACAAAAUAUUUUCCGAGGGUGGCGCAUCAGAAAGCGCUGCUUCAUUUGGUACCAAGCAUUGGGCUUCUGUUUAUUUGGCCAGCACUCCACAGCAAGCUGCUGAAAUGGGACUAAAGUUUCCUGGAGUCGAUGAGGUAGAAGAGAUAGAUGACAUCGAUGCAAACUUGAAUGAUCCAUUUGUUGCAGAUGCUAUAGCAAAUGAGCGAGAAAUGGUGCUUUCUGAAGUACAGAAGGGAAAUUUCAAAAAGGUUAAAGAAGAGGAAGAUGCGAACCUUGAUCGUAAACUUCAACUUCAUUUGAAAAGAAGGCGGCACAAGAGGAGACUGAAGCAGGGUGUCAAAGAAGAGAGUGUUGUUGAUCUAGAUACCGGUAACUCAGAUGGGCGAGAUAUUCAAAAUGAGGAUAUGCGCAUGGAGGAUGCAUCUCCAGUGGGCCCUGCAGACAUUACUUUGUCGGAUUUAAUUGAAACUAGGGGCUCUAAGCGAAUGAAGGAGGAGGAUGAGGAUCUAAAUGCUAACAAUAAAAGGAGCCACACUGUGAGUGUUGAAGAUGCUGCUGAGGCCGAGACGGUAAAGGAUGAUGCCAAUAAGUUGACCGAUGUUUCAGAAGAUAAAACAACAAUGCAAGUGAAGGGUAAAUUUCGUUGCACUGCCUGUGGUGAAGAGACUGAAAAAGUGCAUCCGCACCCUCUGCUGAAGGUGAUUGUAUGCAUAAGUUGCAAAUGUCUAAUGGAAGAAAAGAUUAACGUGAAGGUGCAGGAUUCUGAGUGCUCGGAGUGCUAUUGUGGAUGGUGCGGCCGAAGCAGUGAGUUAGUGAACUGUAAAUCAUGCAAUCAAUUAUUUUGCACAACCUGUAUUGAGAGAAAUCUUGGUGAAGAAUUUUUGUCCAAGGUCCAAACCUUUGGCUGGCAAUGUUGUUGCUGCACUCCUAGUGUUUUAAAGAGCUUAACACUAGAAUUGGAUGAAGCCAUGCGAUCUGAAUUUGCUGAAUUGUCCAGCUCUGGUUCUGAUUCAGACACAUCAGAUUCAGGCAUUGAUGCUGAAACCAGGUCAAAGAAGAAGCAUAAAAGGAAAAUCCGAAGAAUACUUGAUGAUGCUGAAUUAGGUGAAGAAACCAAAAGAAAAAUUGCUAUCGAAAAGGAACGUCAAGAACGCCUCAGAUCUCUGCAACAGCAAUUCUCUGCAAAGUCAACUGCAGUGAACUCUACAAUCUCUGAUUGGAGAGCUCUUGAGGGAGCUGGUAUUGAUGUGCUUGGCGAUGCCAUCAGAGGUUAUAUUGUAAAUGUCGUUAGAGAAAGGGAUGAAGUAGCUAUAAGGGUUCCUCCUAGCAUUUCGGCAAAGUUGAAAACUCAUCAGGUGACAGGGAUCAGAUUUAUUUGGGAAAAUAUAGUACAGUCAAUUGGGAAAGUAAAAUCUGGAGAUAAAGGUCUUGGUUGCAUUCUAGCACAUACCAUGGGCCUGGGUAAAACAUUGCAGGUUAUAGCUUUCUUAUACACUGCUAUGAGGUGUGUUGACUUGGGACUCAGGACUGCUUUAAUCGUGACACCUGUGAAUGUGCUGCACAAUUGGAGACAUGAGUUCACCAAGUGGGCCCCCUCAGAAUUUAAGCCUAUCAGGACCUUCAUGUUGGAAGAUGUUUCAAGAGAGCGGAGAGUAGAAUUGCUUGCCAAAUGGAGGAGAAAGGGUGGUGUCUUCUUAAUCAGCUAUACUGCAUUUCGAAACUUAUCUGUUGGCAAAAAUAUCAAGGACAGAAAUGUUGCUAGGGAUAUAAUUUCUGCACUUCAGGAUGGACCUGAUAUACUUGUCUGUGAUGAGGCCCAUAUUAUUAAGAAUACUCGAGCUGAUACAACUCAAGCCCUAAAAUUAGUGAAGUGCCAAAGACGAAUUGCAUUAACUGGGUCACCGCUGCAGAACAACCUCAUGGAAUAUUACUGUAUGGUUGAUUUUGUUAGAGAAGGAUUCCUUGGUAGCAGUCAUGAAUUUAGAAAUCGCUUCCAAAAUCCUAUAGAGAAUGGUCAACACACUAAUUCAACAUCUGAAGAUGUUAAGAUAAUGAACCAGAGGUCUCAUAUCCUUUACGAACAGCUUAAAGGAUUUGUCCAGAGAAUGGACAUGAGCGUGGUUAAGAAGGACUUGCCACCAAAAACUGUUUUUGUUAUAGCUGUAAAGCUCUCUCCUUUGCAGCGGAAAUUGUACAAAAAGUUCCUCGACGUGCAUGGUUUCACACGUGGUAGGGUUUAUAGUGAGAAUAUUGGGAAGAGGAGUUUCUUUGCAGGAUAUCAGGCAUUGGCCCAGAUAUGGAAUCAUCCUGGUAUCUUGCAACUGAGAAAAGAAGAUCGAGAUUAUGUCAGGCGUGAAGAUGCUGUUGAAAAUUUUCUUGUGGAUGAUAGCUCUAGUGAUGAAAAUGUAGAUUUUAACGGAAUUAAUAAAGAGAAACCAAGUGCUACAGAUAACAACGGAUUCUUCAGAAAGGGUUGGUGGAAUGAUCUUCUUCGUGAGCAUGAUUUUAAAGAGAUUGAGUACAGUGGCAAAAUGGUUCUUUUGCUUGAUAUCUUGACCAUGAGUACUGAUGUGGGUGAUAAGGCUUUAGUUUUUAGCCAAAGCAUCCCGACACUGGAUCUCAUAGAGCUCUAUCUUUCAAGGUUACCUCGGCAUGGAAAAAGAGGCAAGUUAUGGAAAAAGGGCAAAGACUGGUAUAGGCUUGAUGGAAGAACUGAGAGCUCUGAAAGGCAAAAGUUGGUGGAGAGGUUUAACGAUCCUUCCAAUAAAAGGGUGAAGUGCACUCUAAUUUCAACAAGGGCAGGAUCUCUUGGGAUCAAUCUUUAUGCUGCUAAUCGUGUGAUCAUUGUCGAUGGUUCUUGGAAUCCAACCUAUGAUCUUCAGGCCAUCUAUCGAGCUUGGAGAUAUGGCCAAAAGAAACCUGUGUUUGCUUACCGACUGUUAGCACAAGGUACAAUGGAAGAGAAAAUCUACAAGCGUCAGGUGACAAAAGAGGGUCUUGCUGCAAGGGUAGUGGAUCGGCAACAAGUACAUCGCACUAUUUCCAAAGAAGAGAUGUUGCAUCUUUUUGAAUUUGGUGAUGAUGAGAAUCCUGAUAUGGUCCCAGGUAUGACUUUUCAAAUCGGCAAUACCCUGCUAAAGCAGAGGUCUUCCAUGGAGAGUUGUUCGUCAGACAAGCUAAUGGAACGUUUACUUGGAAAGCACCAUCCUAGGUGGAUUUCCGAUUACCAUGAGCAUGAGACCCUUCUGCAAGAGAAUGAGGAGGAGAGGCUCUCCAAGGAGGAACAAGACAAGGCCUGGGAGAUGUACCGUAAAUCCCUGGAAUGGGAAGAAGUGCAGCGAGUCUCGCUCGAUGAGUCCAUCCCCGAGAAGCCUGCCUCCACGAACACCGCAGCACCUCGUACCAGAGAAACCAACGGUGACAACCCCUUCCAGACCAGGAAUAUCUUAAGGAACCGAUUCACGCAGAGAAAGUGCACAAAUCUUGCCCACCUUCUCACCUUGAGAAGCCAGGGCACGAAGAUCGGGUGCACCACCGUAUGUGGGGAGUGUGCACAGGAGAUCAGUUGGGAGAAUUUGAAUCGGGAUGCGAAAGCAGUUAGGUGAAGAAACAGCAGCUUCCACCGUUAUCCUUUUCUCCUUUUGGCUUUGCGAUCGCUUGGGUGGAACUGUUGAAUACAGAACUAUAUAUAGAAGAUUGUAAAUGGGAUGGAGUUUUUUCGAUUUUUGAUGCAAUUUGCUGCCAAGGGACUGCCUAUCGAUAUAGGGAUAAACUCCAAUGUUCUUUCUGUUCUUUUUUGCCCCUACUUCAGAUUCAAGUCUGCUGGGGGGACUAUUGAUCCAUACUAAAUUUCAGGGUCAUUAUUUAUUGGCAAUAGAAUGAUGAAUAGUUCUUUUGUUCA